AUGCCUGUGCCAGACCAGCCCUCAGAGCAGGAGAAGGGAGCCAGUCUGCUGAGUCCAGGUCUACCAUCAUCUAACGGAGACGGAUCAGACGGGACGGAGACCACCUCCGCUAUCCUGGCCUCCGUCAAAGAACAGGAGCUGCAGUUUGAGAGACUGACCCGUGAGCUGGAGGCAGAAAGACAGAUUGUAGCCACCCAGUUGGAGAGAUGCAAGCUGGGCUCUGAGACUGGUGGAAGUAUGAGCAGCAUCAGUUCGGCAGAUGAGCAGUUUCGCUGGAACACCCAAGCUGAUGGCCAGAAGGACAUAGAGGAUGAGCUGACCACAGGACUGGAGCUGGUCGACUCCUGCAUCAGAUCCCUGCAGGAGUCUGGAAUACUGGACCCUCAUCAAUACAACACAGGAGAACGUCCAGCUCUUCUUUCCCAGUGUUCUUUGCAGCUCAACUCCACCCCAGAGGCUUCGCUCCAGUACUCCGCCAGCUACCAUAGCAACCAGACCCUCGCCCUUAGCGACAGUGCUGCAGCGGCAACUCCACAGCGCAGUGGACAGGUCGGAGGGGCCGUGCACAGCUACAACCAGGUGACAUCUAGUCGUGCAGCCCAGCAGCAGCAGGCAGGGGGAGGGGGAGGUAGUGGAGGAGACUCCUUCUCUCAGAGCCAUGGCAGUGCCUUUCAUCUGCCUGAUGCACAGCUUCCCACAAUCGGUCACUACUACUCCAGUUCCACCCUGCCUGCCCAGCGUGUGAGUUCCCCUCUGACCGGAGGUGGAGGUGGAGGGUCUGGUUCUCCCAGCAAGCUGCAGCGCCUGGGCUCAGCCUCAGACACACCGGGCUACGCUACCACCCAGCGCCUACCUUCCUCCUCCUCAUCCUCACCCAACAAACAGUCCCCAGCCAACCGACUCGCCAAGUCCUACAGCACCACUGGUGCCGUGACAACAACAGGGUCUCCGCUGAGGGUGGGCUCUCCACCCAACUCCAUAGCAACAGUUGCCGGGGGAGGGGCUAGCGCUUCAUCAUCCCCACUACACCUGAUGAGUUCGGGCAUAGGGAGCUACGCUACUCUGUCUCCUAAAAGACUGGCUGCUCACCACGCCUCCGACCAGUACAAGAUAUCCCAUGAGCUCUAUGCUACCGCUACGCUACAGAGGCCUGGCAGUCUGGCAGCAGGUUCCAGGGGUUCCUACAGUAAUCAGCACAGUCACUGUGGUCCAGACCUGCGUCCCCUGGGAUCCCCAGACCACCACAAAGAGCCCAUCUAUGAGGACAGAGUCAACCACUACCACAAAGGACCUAUGAGGGGACUGGGAAACAACACUGCCCCAUCCUCCCCCGGUGUCGACUCCGCCUCUUUACAGCGAGCAGGCAGCCACAGUGCCGGAGGAAGCAGCCACAGCGCCGGAGGAAGCAGCCACAGCGCCGGAGGAAGUUAUGGUCGUGGGGGUGCCAAUAACUAUGCUACAGUGGGCCCAGGCUAUACAGCAGAGGCCUAUGCUACAGACCCCUACACUGCAGAUCCCUACCGUACACUACAGUACUGCCCAUCUGUAGAGUCUCCUUACAGCAAAUCUGGACCAGCCAUGCCACCUGAGGGCACACUGGCUAGAUCACCAUCUAUAGACUCAAUACAGAAAGACCCGAGGGAGUUUGGAUGGAGGGAUCCAGAGUUACCUGAAGUGAUUCAGAUGCUACAGCACCAGUUCCCUUCAGUCCAGUCCAACGCUGCAGCCUACCUCCAACACCUCUGCUUCGGAGACAACAAUAUCAAAUCAGAGAUUCGCCGUCAGGGUGGGAUCCAGCUGCUGGUAGACCUGUUGGACCACCGUAUGAGUGAGGUCCACCGCAGUGCCUGUGGAGCCUUGAGGAACCUGGUCUAUGGCAAGGCUAACGACGACAACAAGAUCACCCUGAAGAACUUUGGGGGCAUACCUGCCCUGGUACGCCUGCUACGCAAGACUGGAGACGUGGAGAUACGAGAACUGGUCACAGGUGUGUUGUGGAACCUGUCAUCGUGUGACGCCCUGAAGAUGCCAAUCAUCCAGGAUGCGUUGGCCGUUCUGACCAAUAGCGUCAUCAUCCCCCACUCUUCCUCCUGGGACUCCUCCCACAAUCUCCAUGACGACCGCAAGCAACACACACACACCUCCCAGGUGCUCCGCAAUGCCACCGGCUGCCUCAGAAACGUGAGUUCUGCUGGAGAGGAGGCCAGGAGGAGGAUGAGAGAGUGUGACGGACUGACAGACUCCCUCCUCUACAUCAUACAGAGCGCUCUGGGCAGCAAUGACAUCGACAGCAAGACCAUAGAAAACUGUGUGUGUAUACUGCGUAACCUGUCCUACCGACUGGCAGCGGAGACGUCUCAGGGCCAGCAGCUGGGUUCAGAAGAGCUGGACGGUCUGCUGUGUGACGCCAACGGACGUGACGGAGAGACCUCAGGCUGCUGGGGCAAGAAGAAGAAGAAGAAGAAGGGACAGGACCAGUGGGAUGGUGUAGGCCCUCUCCAAGACUCAGCUGACCCUCCUAAAGGGGUCCAGAUGUUAUGGCACCCGUCCAUAGUGAAGCCCUACCUCACCCUGCUGUCAGAGUGCUCCAACCCUGAUACACUGGAGGGGGCGGCUGGAGCACUGCAGAACCUGGCUGCAGGCAGCUGGAAGUGGUCUGUGUAUAUCCGGGCUGCGGUGCGUAAAGAGAAAGGCCUUCCUAUCCUGGUGGAGUUGUUGAGGAUAGACAAUGACCGUGUGGUGUGUGCCGUGGCUACCGCACUCAGGAAUAUGGCCCUGGACAUCAGAAACAAAGAACUGAUAGGUAAAUACGCCAUGCGUGACCUGGUCCACCGGUUACCUGGCAGUAGCAGCAACAGUACCGGGGGCAGUGGUGGGACUAGUGGAGGUACCGGGGGCCCGAUGGCACCCGGUAAGACCAUGUCAGACGAUACAAUAACGGCUAUCUGCUGCGCUCUGCAUGAGGUCAUCACUAAGAACAUGGAAAACGCCAAAGCACUGAGAGACGCUGGCGGGAUAGAGAAACUCAUCGGCAUCGCUCGCAGCAAAGGAGACAAGUAA